AUGGCUUCUUCAUCAAAACCCAAAAGUAAUUAUGAGGUUUUCUUGAGUUUCAGAGGCACAGAUGUACGUAACACCUUCCUUGGUCAUCUCUACAAAGCUUUACAUCAUAAUGGAAUAUACACUUUCAUUGAUAGCAAGGAACUAAGGAAGGGAGACCAAACAUUGCCAGUGCUCAUGAAGGCCAUCGAAGAGUCAUUCGUCGCAAUCAUUGUUUUCUCUAAGGACUAUGCUUCCUCACGAUGGUGCUUGGAAGAGUUGAUGAAGAUUAUGGAGUGCAAGGAGCAAAAGGACCUCACCGUUCUACCGGUGUUUUAUAAAGUGGACCCAAGAGAAGUGAGACAGGGCAGCAAGAGUUAUGGGAAAGCUCUAGCAAAGCAUGAGUCCAAGUUUGGGAAGGAUUCGGAAAAAGUGGAACAAUGGAAGAAAGCUCUUUUCAAUGCCGGUAGCUUGUCCGGGUGGCAUUUUAAUGACGGAGAUGAAUCAGAGCUUAUAGAAAGAAUUGUGAAGGAGAUCUCCACUCUUCUAGACCGAACACCUUUGCAUGUUGCUAAGCAUCCGGUUGGGAUUAAUUCUCGAGUGGUUAAGCUAAAAUCCAUGUUAAACGUUGAGUCUGAUGAUGGUGUUUUUAUGAUGGGAUUAUGGGGAAAGGGAGGCAUAGGAAAGACAAGUUUAGCUAAAGCCAUUUAUAAUGAUAUUUUCAGACAAUUUGAAGGUUCAGCUUUUUUGGCAAAUGUUAGAGAAACUUCCAAAGGUUGCAGGGAUUUAGUUGCUUUGCAAGAAAAAUUACUAUUGGAGAUAUUAAUAUCGAAACAAAGAUUAGUAGUGUCCAAUGUCGAUGGAGAAGGCAAGUGGUUUGGUAAUGGAAGUAGGAUCAUCAUUACUACAAGAGAUAAACAUUUGCUAACUUGUCAUGGGAUAGAUCAAGAUCAUGUGUACGAAGUUAAAGCAUUUGAGGACAAUGAAGCUCGCGAGCUGCUUAGUAAGCAUGUUUUUCAAACACAUCAAAAACUAAAAAUCAGGACAGAUCUAGUGGAUAGUGUUUUGAAUUAUGCCGAAGGCCUUCCUUUAGCAAUUGAGGGGCAAGAUAGUCAGUACAUAAAGAAAGUUAUUGAUAGUUGUGAUUUUGAGAUAACUAUAGGAUUGGAAAUUCUCCUUGAGAGGUCCUUGAUAAGUAUGGAGCAUGGAAUCGUAGAAAUGCAUGACUUGAUUCAAUUGAUGGGUAUGGAUAUUGUGAACCAAGAAUGUCGCGAUGAUCCCUGGAGACGCAGCAGGCUUUGGCUAUAUGAUGACGUUCUCGAUGUUCUAUCCCGCGACAUGACACCUUCUAAUUACACAAUUUGGUUCAUUGGAGAAGAGAUGCCAGAGUGGGUCCUCCCUAUUGAAGAGAGUUCUGUAUCAUUCAUGGCUUUAGAGGCCUUGUAUGAUAGAUUUCUUGUGGUCACUUUCUGUGCCGUUCUCAGCAAUGAUGAUAAGGCAAAGUAUCCAAUAUUUGAGGUUUUACCACAUGUGAAUGGUGAAAUCAGGGAUUGCAAAGGAGGAAGAAAGUUCAUGACAACAGAUUUUGAUCAAAUCUUGCUUUGGUUUUUCACACCAUAUGAUCUGUGGGGAGAAGUCAAUUUUGGUCAAAUUGAUGGGAGUUAUGUACACUUUAGCCUUACAGUAUCAACUGCAAAGGUGAAAAAGUGGGGAUUCCGAAUAAUAUGCAAGCCACUUGAGGACGAUUUAAAGAUUGAGAUUCAAGACAAUCGGUUGAUCGAUCUAGCUUUACUCCGUGAGGUUGUUCUUGAACUAACGGAUUUAGAAGUUGAGAGUCCACUUAUGCACAAAGAUAAUUUGAUUGAAACAGAUCUAUAG